AUGUUUGGAAAUCGAUAGAUACUUUAGGGGUAGUUAUACAUUAACGAAUAAAGUUGUCUUUUAGGAAAGAAUUUGACGUAAGGAGAAUGUACCACAGUGAUCAAGAUAGUUUUUACUUUGACUUUGAAAUUUAUGCUAAUUAGGUGUUCACUUCCUCCCAAAUUUGAAAUAUCAAGAUAAUACUAUAGUGGAAAUUAAUCAAAUUCGUAAAUUCUGGUUUUGAAUGGUAAAUAGAUCUAAUAAAGUUGA